AAUUCCAUUGCAUCGCGUCCUUGUGCAUGUUUUUUUUUUUUAUAAUCUGUGUUUUGUGUUGAAAAUGAUGACUUUUUGUCGUUUGUGUCUUGCAAAGGAUGGUAAUUUCCUAGCUUUUAAUAGCCCAGUGGCCCUUAGAAUAAUGACAUGCACUGGAGUGGAAGUAGAUACAAAUGAUGCACUUCCACAACUUCUGUGCCACACCUGCCGCUUGCGUAUCGAGGAGUUCUAUCAUUAUCGCAAACGAUGUCAAGCCGUUGAUAGACAUUUGCGGCGCCUUAAGCGACAGGGCAGGCUCAACAGUGAUUGUCCUGCUAAAGAUCUGUAUGCUGUGGAUGAAGAGGAUGAGAUUAACUUGAAGGAUGUGGUGCAGUGCAAACUUACGGCAUGCUAUGAGAGUAAUGCCAAAUGGCGCAAGCAGGCAGGGAAGCAAAUACGUACUGAGAUGGAUGCCUACAAAAAGGAAUUACUUGCAAUGUGUAGGCAACAGGUUCGCGAGGAGAUAGAGCAAGAGACGCGUGAGGAAAUGGAAAAGAUGCUACUGGCGAAGGCUAGAAAAGAAUGCCGUUUAAGUAUACUGGAUGACGUUUUCUACGAGCUAGAAACAUUUUUUGUAAACAAACGCAACCAAACAUUACGUGAGGAGAUAUAUGUCCCGACAGCCUGUGAAGCUGACCCAGAAAAUGAUACUACCACAAUGGAUGAAGAUAUGGAAAAUAAUGAAGUACCUGAACCACUUGCCGAAUACACAGGCCUCGAGCCAAAUAUUGUUUCAGUGGUAGAACUCCUAGAUGACGAAGCAACUCCACAAACAACUACUAAUACCCAGCCUGAGCAAACCGUUUCCAUUGAUCAGACUGCGAAGCCGUCUACUCCGAUGAAAACAAUACCAAUGGUGGAAAUCAACAUGAACAAUGGAGUUCAUCUGAGGCACUUGCGAGACGAUAUGCAUAGCUCCAUUCUUCCAACCUUACAAGCUACAAAUACACUUACAUCGCCAAAAGUUAAGACUGCUAGAGCUCUACCCAAUCGUAGGAAAACCAUACAUUUCAGUAAUCCCAUAUGCCGCAAGCACAGUUUGAAAAAUAAGCAUCGGUCUUCCUUCUUUAUAGAGUCAGAUUGUGUUAAAUGCCGCUUAAGAAAUGGGCAGGCUAAGCCGACCACACCAUAAAGCGACACUUUCGUUUAUUAGAAAUAUUUUUAACCACAUAUACUAUUUUUUUUUAAGUAAUAUAUUCAUAUGGAUUUCAAACUUAAAAUACAAUGAGUAAUAAA